AUGAAGCCACGAAUCCCAGUAUCCUCCUCUUCCGCGCCUCGCCGUCUUGACCUGACCUUCCUUCGUAUGUCCUCUUUCUGGAUGCUCCAGGCUGGUAACAUCAUCCAAAGCUUCGGGUAUUUCCUACCUUCAACCUAUCUGCCGUCCUAUUCGACUACGACGGUUGGUCUGCCCGAGACAAUGGGCACGAUGCUUGUGUCCCUCUUCAAUGCUACAUCUAUAUUUGGUGGGAUUGUUCUAGGAAUGCUAUGCGACAGAUUCAAUGUCUCAAAUGUGCUAUUUCUCUCUUCGAUGGGCUCUGCUCUUUCGGUCUUUCUCCUUUGGGGAAUGGCAUCUUCAGAGUCAGAGUCGCCCCAGGGGGCACUUGCGCUGCUUACUCUUUUCUCGCUCUUCUAUGGCUUCUUCGCCGGGGGUUUUAGCUCAACCUGGUCUGGUGUCAUUACGCAAAUUAAACGCGAUUCGAUGUCGCCCUCUCUAGAAACUGGAUUGGUCUUUGGUCUACUUGCCGGAGGACGAGGAAUUGGGAAUGUCAUUAGCGGCCCGCUCAGCUCAAUUUUGAUCCAACAAGGGUCAUUGAGCGAAAGUACUGGGUUCGGCACACAAUAUGGCACUCUUAUUCUAUUCACUGGGCUUACGGCUUUCUUUGGGGCUUGGAGCUGGCUGUGGCGGUACAUCGGCCCGGGAGUACGAUGUAUUCGCUGA